CCCCCCUUCUGUUUCAUCAUCGGCGUCAAAUGGUCGCGAGCCCUGAGCGGGGAGGGGGGGGCGUGGGAACCCGCCCUUUAAAGGGGCUCGGCAUACUCCCACGUCGGCCCGGCCUGUGCUCACACACAACUCACACAUAGACACACGUAGACAUAGACACACAUAGAUAAUACAUAGAAACACGUACACGGAUAUACAAUACAUAGACACGUAGACAUACAUAUACAAUACAUAGACACAUGUACAUAGACAAUAAAUCAGACACAUGCAUCAACAUAUACAAACACACAGAUACAUUUCCAUACAUAAGACACACAUGUACACAUACAUAGAUAUACGCACACAGAUACACAUAGACGCACAUCGUGUAUGCUUGCAUUGGUGUUCAUACAUAGACGCACCGUGUAAGCUGUACUUGCAUGCCUAUGCUUAGGAGCAUAGAUGCAGACAUGCAUACAUAGACUCGCAUACUGUACCUACUCGUAUGCUUAGGCAUACAUAGAUACACAUAUAGAACAAGGACACACACAGGCUUUAUGGGGACAAAUUUCCCCGUAUCGCCUUUAGAAGACUGUUGGGGCAAGUCCUGUUAACUGUUCAAGCUCGGCACACACGCAGAUAUACUGUACACACAGAGACACGCACAGAGACACAGGGACACACAUAAAGACACAGAGACACACAUAGAGACACAGACGCAGAGACACACACAUAGACACAGAGACACACAUAGAGACACACAGACACAUAAAGACACAGACACAUAAAGACACAGACACAUAGAGACACAGACAAACACAGACACACACACAGAGACAUAGAGACACACACAGAGACACACAUAGAGACACAGAGACACACAUAAAGACACAGAGACACACAUAAAGACACAGAGACACAUAGAGACACAGACACACAGAGACACACAGAGACACAUAGAGACACAGACACACAUAGAGGCACAGAGACACACAUAGAGACACACACAUAGAGACACCUAUAUAAACACAGACACAGAGAUACACGUAGAGACACGCAGAGACACACGCACACAGACACACAGAGACACACAGACACACAUAGAGACACAGAGACACACACAGAGACACACUUAGAGACACAGAGACACGCAUAGAGACACAGAGACACACACCGAGACACACAGAGACACACACACACAGAGACACACAUAGAGACACACAGAGACACACAUAGAGACACACACAGAGACACACACAGAGACACACACAGAGACACACAGAGACACACACAGAGACACACAGAGACACACACAGAGACACACAUAGAGACACACACACAGACACGCACAGAGACACAGACAGAGACACACAGACACACAGAGACACACACAGACACACAUAGAGACACAGAGACACAUUGAGACACAUAGACGCUGGUGUGGCCAUGGCGAGCCCCAAAUCGCGCCGAGUCCUGCAGGACGCGAAGGCAGUGGACGACAACAGCCUGUGCUUCGAAUGUGGUGCACACAGCGCGCAGUGGGCAAGCGUCACCUACGGCAUCUGGGUCUGCCUGGAGUGCUCGGGUCGGCACCGGGGCCUCGGCGUGCACCUCAGCUUUGUUCGUUCUGUGACAAUGGACAAGUGGAAGGAAAAGGAGCUGCAGAAGAUGCUUGUAGGAGGAAAUUCCAAGUUCCGCGAGUUCCUGGAAACGCAGCCGGACUUCAAUCCCAGCUGGUCCCUGCAGGACAAAUACAACAGCCGAGCUGCAGCACUCUACAGGGACAAGAUCGCUGCUCUGGCAGAAGGUCGGGAGUGGACCAUAGAAACAUCACCCGCCAGAGACUGGCUCCCCGCCCAACCCAAACUGUUCCCAUCAGCCACACUCAAAAGUCCACCGUUUAUGCAGUCAUCCCAGACAAACCCAGACAACGGCUUUGAAGAGUGGCUCAAUGAAGAUGGGACUUCCUUCCAAAACGCUGGCUGCCUGGCCUCCGCUGGGUUUGUGUGCUGCAGGGGCGCAGGCUAUGGAGGACAGGGAAGCCGCUACGUGGGCUUCGGCAGUACCACGGUGACCGAGAAGAACACCGAGGAAGCGGCGAAUAACAGUGUCUCUUCACUCCAUUCGGGCUGGAGCAGCUUUGCGGUGGGAGCCAGCAAGAUCGCUGCUGCAGCCAAAGAAGGGGCUGCCAAGUUUGGAUCCCAAGCCUCACAAAAGCUCUGGAAAAACAAGCAGCAGGGACAAGGGAUGAAAGGCUGGAAGGAAGUGACCUCCAUGUUCUCGAAUAAGCACGGAGGCCAUGAGCGUCUCUCGGGAAACGACUCUCCUCUGCUGGAGGGGUCGGCAGCUGGAGAAGGGGAAGCGGCGGUGAGCCAAGAGUUUUUUGCAAAGAAGGAAGGCCAGCGGUCUCCGAAAGCCGAGAGUUGGGUUUCAUUUGGAGCACGGUCUGUUGGAGAAGAGGGACAGACAAAACCCAAAACGAGUUCAGAGGGCUGGCAGCCUCUGCAGUGCGACUCUCCUCCAGAUAGCACCGAAGUAGAAGAAAGCUGGGACGAAGGGGAGGAGGGCAGCGCUUCUGCAGGUGCAGGAGGAGGCAGCAAACCAGGAGGCAGUGGCAGUGGUAAGGGCAUAACCUUUGGAGUGAAAAAGUCCAACAAGAUGGGGGAUGAGUGGGGUGAUAAGGACUGGCAGCCUAUAUAUUAAGCCUAUAUAUUAAUACUGCCCAUAUGUGUGCUGCCACAAGCGAAGUUCUAGCAUAAUAUGUUCAGUGCAUUCUUAGGGUUGUCAGAAAUUCCAAAAUGCUGUGUACAGAACACUAAGACGUUAAACCGGUAUCGUCACGCUGAUAUGGAUAAAAUAAUCACUGAUCAAUGUGCUAUAGCUAUAAAAACGCUCAGUUGUAUUCUUGCUGGUAGUGCUACAUUUGUAACAACUUGACAAAGGCUGCUUGUAAAAAGUGUAACAGUUAUUACCCCAAAAGUAAUUGCUCCACCCAAUGUUUAGCUAUUGUAAGAAGAAAAUGUUUUUAAUUACUUUAAUUGCUUUAGAUUAUUAAAUCGAAAUAUUUCCAGUUUAAUUCAAGGCAAUGAUGAGAACAUUAUUUAGUCUGUCAUUUAAUUUCUCAGUUCAGGUAAAGAAGCAAUGUUUGUCAUGAUCUAGAGAUACAGUGUUUAGUUUUAACGGGUUUCAGUCUGUUGCAGCAUUGUUACAGGUUGAAGGCUGUACUUGUUGUAUUUCGGGCUUUUGACCAGAUUCUGUAUGACGUGUUGCACUGGAUAUGCAUCAAAGGUAAGUGUCUGGGUAUUAUUUUUGAUGGAAGAUGGUAAUAUUGCAUGUCCCAUUGAUAGCAUAUAGCACAGUAACUCUUAAUUGAAAGCACAUUUUAUAUUUGAACAAAAUACCAUCGUCCAUUGGAUCCCCCCUCGGAGAACUUGAGCUACAUAUCUCAUGAAUAUGAGAGCCUUGAAUGACAGUACAGCCAUACGUUACACAUCGCAGAGCGUUCGCUGUGACAUUCCUACAUCCAGAGCAUUUUUAACGCUCUCACACCCACACGACCACAUUUCCAGAACUCGGAAAUCAAUGCAAAAACUAAUGAAAGUCCCAAAUUCAUACAUGCCCAGUUAUAGAUUAUUUAGAAUGUUUGGCUGAUAUAAAUUUCCACGUGAUAAGCCACUUUGUUGAGCUAUCAUUUGUAGCCAGGUCACUUCUGAAAAAGAAACUAAUAGCUCAGUGGGCCUUACCUGGUAAAAUAAAAAGUUUAUUUUUAAAGUGAUUUGCUUACCCUUCCUAUACCUUGCACUCAUAUUGUGUUUUUGUAUCAUGUGUCGUUAUAUCUCUCUGAUCCGCCCCUACUGGACAUCUGUUGAAAAAAGCUUCAUAGCUCAUCGGAUUCCUCCAGUAUAAAUAAAAAUUUGAUUCUGUACCAUCCUUGAAAACCUUGCAACAGAAUGUCCUCCACCAAUCGUAAAUUGGCCAGGUGGCUCAGCAGUCGAGCAAGCGGUUCCCAAAUGGAAGGGAUGUGAGUUCAAAUUCUGGUCAGUGUUUCACCCGGCUCAUCAUCCCUCCGGGGUUAGUACAAGUAAAAGAAGUCGCGCUUUGUGGGGAGGUCAAGUGGUUAUCCUAUGGAUAGACAGACUCACCCCCACCAUAGUAAUGUAGGAUUUCCACCACUGGCUCAGGGCUGUAAACAGGAGAUGAGAAGCGCAUCGCAAUGCUCAUUUUCCAGGAUAUCACUUUGACUUUUGAUUUGCUGCCUGAGGAACGGGCUUGGACCACACGGUUCAAGAGGAUGUAUCCAAAAGGUGCUGGGAUGGUGCCAGGACAGCUCCAGGCUGACUGCAGCCUGGUCUUGAAACUGCAUGUUUAGUUGAAACAUAGGACUAAGCCCCUCCCAACAGUUUCUGUCACACCAAAUUACAAUCUCCCUGACACCCAAUGUAUUUGAGUGUUCGGUGCUGUGUUAAGACGCAAGUUACGUCGCUUGAAACAACUGUUUGAAAAUUGUUUAAUUUGCCUCAAAACCGAAAGCGUAUUUAUCGUUGGUUUUGAAAAAGUUAAACCGAUAAAAUAUCUCCCUGCCAUGACUCAUAUCCUCCAUGAAUCGUUUGAGGUUAGAGUGCGUUUUGUACCGUAUUUUAAUUCACAGAAGUGGUUUAUACAUACAUGUAAGUGUUGUAAACGUUAUGGCAAUAUCUGAAAUGGAAACUGGUCUCCCAUAUCGACAACAAUUAAACUGUCAAAUUGUCCUGCACAGCCAGAAUUUGGCAGUAAUAUUUUACGCAUCGUAAGCAGUGAUCCGUAUCCUGUUUUUAGUGUGUAAUCGGUCAUUUUUACAUGGCAUGCAUCAACUGAUUACUUUUAUAAUGUUUUACACAAUGAUUGUGCCAAGCAAUUAAUGCGAAAUCAAGUUGACAGCAUUUGUUUAAUGCGAGGAUGGCAUCAAUGCAAAGCUAAUUAAACAUCGGUACCAAUUGUUGGAAAAUAUAUACCACAAAGCAAAUUAAACUAAUUCGUAGCAAUUAAUCCAGUACUGGAUAAAACUCUCCCCAUGCCGUGUCGGUCAUGGGGUUGUUUAACCAUAUUUCACCAUGCAGGUCAGUGCGGGUUGAUAAAGGGGCCCCCAGGAUUCGGAUAUCUCACCAAUGAUUCUACCCGUGUGUAGGUUUUCGCAAGUUGUGCUCGCUUGCGCUCUGGUGUGCUUUUGGGUUGCACCGAACAACACUCGGUACACAUCUAAAAACACAGAGGGCUAUACUCACCACUGAUGUUGUUCUGGCCCGGAAUCGAACUUAGGAUUUAUAGUGCAGUGCACUAAGCACUGUGCCACCGCUCCACACAACAUAAACGAAUACUAUUUCUCUCUUUAUUUGAAGUAAUCAAACAUUACAUUACUCGUAAAAUCGCAAAUAAGAAUUUAUCUAUGAACGUAAGUAAUCAGACCGAUUACCUUUUGAAGUACCCCGGAAUUGCCUAUGAUAAUAAAUGAGCUUUACGAAGUCCACCUCGCAGUCGUGUGUGCGAGUGAGUGCUUGUGUGUGUGUAUCUGGUGAGGCUGUAUCAGCCAUGGAAAUCUUAUUGCAUUCAGUUCAUUACAAAAGCCUCAAUUAAACCCCUGUGAACCUAAUAGAGUGCAAAGAUUAAGGAUCCGCAUCACUAUGCAUUAUAGUAUCAUCAUGAAAAGUGUGGCUUUCAUCGCCAGAUAUUGAGUAACCUUUUAGUCAGUUUAUCUUUCGGGUAAUGUCGAGUAAUAUUUUUGUUGUUUACUUCAUGUAAAUUGUCAGUAAUUUAACAUGCAAUUAACAGUUUAUCCAUUCUACAUUGUAGCUGGACAACAUCGCCAAACCUCUCGUAUUUGUAGUAACGCACAGCGGCUGAAACUUCUCAGCGGUGGAAUAUUCUGUACAUCAGUAUAUCAGUACUAGGGCUGAACGAUUGUUCGAUUUCAAAUCGAAAUCGCAAUUUGAAACAAUGCGAUUAGCAAAUCGCAAAGACUGUGAUUAUUUGCGAUUUUAAAAGUCCUAUUACUUUCUUAUUGGAAUUGUUUUUAUUAUUAUUAUAACUUUUGUUUAUUUAACUUAACAAUUGUUCAUCAUAGAGGUUUUUUUCGGUUAGAUCGCGUAAAUAUAUAAAUGUGUCGUUAAAACCCACCAACACCCAACACAGCCAACUUUACAAUCUGAAUACUCAGAUUGUAAAUGUUGUGGCUUGGCUCUGCAACACACCAGUUAGUGCUGUACUAGCGACGAAUUGGCACGUUCUGUUUACGUGACAAUCCUUACUAGUUGGCUGUAUCGGGUAGUGGCGGGUUUUAACGAAACAUUUAUAUAUUUACGCGAUCUAACCCAAAAACCUCUUAUGGAUGAUAUUGGUCGCUAAGGCUACGUGUUAAACUUAACAAUUGUUCUAUGUUUUGUUCUAUUUCAAUUAACAUUAUUUUUAUAAAUACAUGUUGGAAGCAAGUAAUCUAUUUUAAGUUAUCAUCCUUGCAUUAUAAUAUAUAGAGCAGUUCAUAUUUUGAUGGUAUCAUGUGGUAAUGCUCCAUCACGUGUUUUAAAUCUAUUACACAGUGAAUAUUGAACUUGAAGCUUGACUUUAAAAUGUUUAAUCGUAAAUCAAAUCGCAAUAUCUGUCAGAAAAAUCGCAAUUAGAUAUUUUGCCCAAAUCGUUCAGCCCUAAUCGGUACCUUAAACGUGUACGAUCAUACUGGUGGACGCUUGGGACGUGCAAUAUGCUUCACAACUGCAGCCGUUUUUCGCUGUGAAAGAGCUUUGGCUAGAAACAUGAAAGCUUUAUUGUGUUGGGCUCUGUUCAAUUGCACAGACGCUUUAUGAGCUUGUGGGUUGUGCUUAAGCUUACACCUUUAAAUUCUCACCACCGUUCAAUUACGUGGGGAAAUUUUGUUUUGUAAUCACUGUGAAGGGAACUUAGAAAAGAGCCACAUGUCGUUAUUUUUGUAAACACUCAAAUAGAAUUGAAAAUUUCUUUUUUACGUCUGACAUCGUCGUGUAUAUGUUUAAGCUUGCAUGUGCUUUUAGCUGUGCACAUAUCACAACUUGGCAGUCUUGAUAGAAUUAAAGU